AUGAAUGGUUCAAGUAUUCUCACCAAUCAAGAACCACAAGGUCAUGAUUUGCAACCACAAGUGUAUACACACAGUACGAAUACUACUAGUAGUAGUAGUAGUAUACCGCAAUCCUUCACCAAUACUAGUAGUAGUGUGAAUACACGUGUAUUUGAUUCUUCCAUGAGCCUUGAUCAUGACUUGUACUACUACAAAGGAAUGUACAGUGAAGAAGAUGAUAUUCCUAAAAGACGUAUUCGAAUUGAUCGAUUGGAAUGUAUUGGAAUGGAUCGAGAGAAGGGUCAAUUAUCAUUUUCAUGUACUUGUAGCACUGGAACAUACAUUCGAGUGUUGGGGUAUGAAAUUGGUCAUUUAUUGGAAGUGUGUGGAGCGUAUGUGGUUGAAUUGUAUCGAUCACGAAUUGGAUCAUUAUCCACCAUGCUUCGAUUGAAGAUCUUGGAAAUGAAUGAACUCAGCCAAUAG